AAAAAAAGAAAAAGGGAAGAAAAAACAAAACUGUAGCCAAGCAAUACCUAAAACCAAGAAAACUAAGAUCCAACUUAUUCAAUAGUGCAGUAGAUUUUCCCUAUAAAUUCGUACACGGUCAGAUUCACAGUUCAGCAUGCUCGCAACGUAAUCGGCUAAUGCUAAUUUUUCAGUAAAUGAAAACAGAGGUGCGUGAGGGAUAGUUAUCCGGUCGAGAACAAAGACCAACACUUGRUUCCGCAGUUUUGAUCCGAUCAGGUUCGCUUAAUUGUAAAUCGUCAUAAUUCCACACAUAAAACGAUAAAACUAUUUAAUGAAAAAGACAAACUUCUUUGUGCGAUUUUACAUCUCUGUUGCAGCAACAACGAAUUUGUUUGUGUUCAGUCGGUAUUUAUUCCGUUCGUGGAUCCGUUGCGACGUAAAACGCUCACUUCUUUACGGCAGUUAAAAAGGUCGUUUAAUAGUCCACCAACUUUACAAGAAAAUAAUAAUAAUAUGCUGUCGUCUAUUAUUGCGAAGCAGCUGGUAACAAGGAUGUGCCAGGCAGCAUGGAGACCAGCAAUCACAGGGAUGGGAUCCUCUCGUGGAUACCGUGGAGACACUCCUGAUGACAGCAGGUUUGACAUGAUCGAGAUCCCGUUGCCCCCCUGGGAGGAAAAAACAGAUGAGCCUAUUGACAUCAAAAGACGUCGGCUUCUUUAUGAGAGUCGCAAGAGGGGCAUGUUGGAGAACUGCAUACUGCUCAGCCUUUUUGCAAAGCGAUACCUGAAUACCAUGACUUACAGCCAGUUGCAGCAGUACGACAGACUUAUUAAUGAACCUAGCAAUGACUGGGACAUCUACUACUGGGCCACAGAAGCUCAGCCCACCCCUGACGUUUACCAAGGAGAGAUCAUGGAUUUGCUGAAAGAGUUCACAAAAAACAAGAACCAUGAACAGAGGUUAGAUGCGCCCAGCUUGGAGUACUUGGAAGAAGAAAGCAAAUGAGAUCUUUUUACCCACCGGACAUUGUCAAAGACUCACUGAAAGAGAGGUUAUUGUGUAAAUACAAAUCUGCAGAGCAAUUUUUAAAAAGUUGUAACGGUUGAUUCAUGCAAACUGUGCAACAUGUUGCAUUGUGUAAACUGUAGGGAAUGCAUUAAAAAUCUCUAUCAAUUUUCAUCACAUAAUCCAGGAAUUGUAGUGUACAAUGUUAACGUUGUAGUUGGCCUUUAUAAGAAGAGGAAAAUUCAUGAAUAAUGAGCUUAAACUGUUAUUUUUUUCAACAAUAGAGUUUUGUUUAAUUGUGUCUGAUUUAUCACUGUGUAUAAGAUGCUUAUUGAUAAAUAUAAAUUCUUUUUGCAAAGCAAUACCUGAAUACCAUGAUUUAUAACCUGUUGCAGCAGUAUGACAUCAUGAGGCUUAUUGAUAAACAUGUAUAUACAGA